ACUGCUUCUCUGUUUUGUGUAUCGACACAGGAAUUAGCAACACGGAGGCUAGCUAGCUGUCACAGCAGUUUAAACAGCUGAAAUGAGUUUCCUGGGUGGUUUAUUUGGUCCUGUGUGUGAAAUUGAUGUCCUACUCAAUGAUGCAGAGACUAGGAAGACCGCAGAACUCAAAACAGAGGAUGGAAAAGUGGAGAAGAACUACCUUUUUUAUGAUGGAGAAUCUGUCUCUGGGAAGGUGAGCGUUGCGUACAUACACACACGUGACAUGACAUUUCUUUAUUGCAACAAAUCAUUUUGAAGGUACGCGGGGCACGUGACCUCAUCGCGUCACUCUAAAGUGCCAUCCCACAUUUCAUUCUAAAUGCCUACUGCUUUCAAAUAAAAUGUUCAACUAGAAAAGUAAUGUUGUUUUGCAGGACAGUGAUUGUCCUGACUUUCAGGAAUGCCUAAAUUGCUUCGCGUUGCUUUUCUGGUUGGUUGGCAAGUUUCACUGUCAAAUAAUUAUUACAGUUGAAGUUUCAACAUGGCAUGGGCCGUGUGGAUAUGUUGACACAAGAAUUAUUAGAACAUGGCAAAUAUUUGCCAAUUUCAUUCUAUACAUGCAGGUUUUCCCGGGGCUACUUGAGACAUGGAACAGAUAGGUGGGAUGGCAUUGGCUACAGACUGUCGCCAAUUUAUUAGGUUAUUUGCGUAAAUGGCUAAUGGAAACACUUCAUUUUUAUUCAACACUGUAGGUUUUCUUUAGGUAUGAUGUCAUUACGUCCAUGUGUUUUUAUCGUCUGGAUAGUUAAAUGGAAACGCACCUUAGCAGGCAAUUGUCGCAUCUAUUUUUUUUAUGCAAACUUUCUGAAUGUUGACAAGCUAAUGGAAACAUACCUACUGUGUCCUAUGCCAAUACCCCAUAACUUGUUUGUGUUUUCUUGUAAGGUGAAUCUCAAUGUGAGGCAGACGGGCAAGAGACUAGAACACCAGGGGAUUCGAAUUGAGUUUGUUGGGCAGAUUGAGCUCUUCAGUGAUAAAAGCAACACACAUGAGUUUGUUAACCUGGUGAAGGAGCUUGCCCUGCCAGGGGAGUUGACCCAGAACCGAAGCUACGACUUUGAGUUCACGCAGGUGGAGAAGCCCUAUGAAUCUUACGUUGGAACCAAUGUCCGACUGAGAUAUUUCCUCAAAGUGACAGUAAUGAGGAGACUGUCUGAUCUGGUGAAAGAGUAUGAGCUCAUUGUCCAUCAGCUGGCUACUUACCCUGAUGUGAAUAAUUCCAUUAAAAUGGAAGUUGGCAUUGAAGACUGUCUACACAUAGAGUUUGAAUACAACAAGUCCAAAUACCACUUGAAAGAUGUCAUUGUGGGUAAAAUCUAUUUCCUUCUGGUGAGAAUCAAAAUCCAACACAUGGAACUUCAAUUGAUAAAGAAGGAGAUGACUGGAAUAGGGCCUAGCACAACUACAGAGACGGACACUGUUGCCAAGUAUGACAUAAUGGAUGGCGCCCCUGUGAAAGGAGAGUCCAUUCCCAUCCGUCUGUUUUUGGCUGGCUACGACCUGACAGCCACCAUGAGGGAUGUCAACAAGAAGUUCUCUGUGCGGUACUUCCUCAACCUGGUGCUGGUGGAUGAGGAGGACAGGAGAUACUUCAAACAGCAGGAGGUCGUUCUCUGGAGGAAAGCUCCUGAGAAAAUAAGGAAGCGGAACUUCCAACGCUACGAGUCGCCGGAGCCACGGCCGACGCUUACUGCUGAGCAGCAACCCGAAAUGUGAAAGCCAAAUCUGAGUGAAACGGAAAAAUGCUGAGAAUGCUUCUGAUUAUAGCCUAAAGCAAAUGAGAAGAGAGAGCAACUUGACACGCAAGGAGAAAAUAAAGAGUCAGCCAUUUAAUACAUCUACCUUCUGCAAUGUGACAGUGACCUACUGGUGCAUCUGACUGUGCUGGGUCUACUCUGUUAGCGUACUGUAUGGACUCGUCUCUUUGACACACAAUAAAUAGCACUGGAAUGGGAGCUACCAUCACAUUUUUGGGGGACCUACCCUCUCUGUAAAAGAGGCACUUGGUUUGGCUCAACACUGGCAUACAAUCAUUCACUUCUAGAUAUUUCAAAGGAUGUUCCAGUGCAUGUAAGCAGGUCAAAUUGAAUGUGAUGGGUUAGUAUCAUGUCAAUGCUGACAGUCGGUUCAAUUUCUAAGGUCAAGCUGUAAGACAAUAGGCAUUAUUUGAGCUCAAAUAGUACCUUGUUUAUAAUUCACCUUAGGAGUUAGAAAUCUUUUACAUCUUAAGUCUUUUAGUGUAGCUACAACCUGUAGUUUGAUUCUUUUUUUCACUUCACGUUUUCUUGUAAUUUGCGCUAUCUUUCUUCAAAUAUAUUAUAUAUCAAUAAAUGCUUUUGCUAGUGGCAUUGGAUUGAGGUGACACAAAAUGCUGUUUAAUGGGUACUUAAACAUUUUUGGGGACUAGAUUUAGGGAAAUAUCACUUUACAUAAUUUCUCUAAGGUUAAAUAUUUAAGCUCAGAUGGGGCUGUGCUACAUCUGAACACUAUACAGGCAAUAUAUGUUUUAAGUGCCUGUAAGAUCAUGAAGAAACUGUUAUGCCAAAUACUGCCCUGACCCACCACUGCAUGUUCAUUUUUAUACUGGGUCCAAUGUAAGACUUGUGUGGACGUUGAACAUUUGUAUAUAUCCAACCUGUCUAUAUCCAUCCGUCAUCGACUCAAAGGAAAUGCGAAUUUAGACUUGUAUGUAUUGGAGUGAUGUCUUUAAUACGUUUUGAUUACUUAUGCACUGAAUAACAAUAUAAAUGCAACAUGUAAAGUGUUGGUCCCAUGUUUCAUGAGCUGAAAUAAAAGAUCCCCGAAAUUGUCCAA